AUGGAACCACUUGAUCACUGGUGGACCCAACGUAUUACGCAUCAAUUAGAACGCACUGCCGUUGAAGACUAUACAUUAAGGAAUACAGGAAUUACAAUAAAAAAAGGCACUGUUGUAAUAAUUCCUGUUUACUCUCUUAAUCACGAUGCCAAUUACUUUCCUGAUCCGGACAAAUUUGAUCCCGAAAGAUUUUUAUCUAAGAAGAGCAGCAUUAUUCCUUUUACAAAUUUACCAUUUGGAUAUGGGCCCAGAAGCUGUAUAGGAAUGAGGUUCUCAGUUAUGGAGAUCAAAAUGGGUCUAGUUAGAAUGUUACAAAAUAUUAGAUUUAAAUUGGGAAAAAACGAAACAGCAAUACCCGAUUUCGAUGAAGCACGAGGUCUUAAUAGAGCAAAGAGUACUUUCUUGAAAAUUGAACUUAGAAAAUAGCAUUAUACGCAAUUAUUUUUUAAUAUAUAAUUUGAAACUAAUUAUAAAUAAUUUUUUAAUAAUGUAAUAGUAUUAAGCUAAUGCAGACUAAACUAAUAAAAAUGAAUAAAUAAAAGCAAGUGGCAUUCAAAUUAGUAGUCUAAGGAUCGUUGUGGCAUUCUACAAAACACCUACGCUCGAAAAAAUUAGAACUCAUCCAUAAUGAGGUCGGCGAACACAAAAGUACGGAUCUAUCCCUAUUAUAAAAACAAUU